AAGAUGGAGAAAUCUGAGCCCUGGGAGGCGUGGCUCCUUCGGAUUCCGAUUCUGAUUGAUUCCAGGAGCGGAGGGAGGGUCUCUCCCGUCCGUGGUCGCCAAUCGGGGCCCAUCAGGAAGCCAGGCUGCCCGGGAGGGAGGCGCCUUAGUCCGACACCCUUUGCCGCACCCGCUCUCCGGGUCUCCCUCUCCUCGUUGGCGCGAACGGAACCGAAACUAAGCGGCUGGAAAGUUUGGGCUUCCCGCUCUCCACGGAGCCAGGGCGCGGCGCGGGCCGGGCCGGGGCGGGGCCGGAGGGGGGCGGCUGCGGAAACGGCCCGGGUGGCGCGAGCGAGGGGCCUGCGGGCCGGGCGGGGCGGCGCUGACCGCCGUCUGUCUCCGUCCCGGUGGCGCGUCCCGCAGGCGGGGAGCCCGCGCCGCCGCGUCCGGGCCGCCGGCGAUGAUCACCUAGGAGCGCCUGGCGCGCGCGCAGGAGCGGGGCGCGGCGACACGCGGCCAUGGAGCGGGACCCGGCGGCGGGCGAGGACCCUGCGCCCCCGGACCGGCGGCCGCAGGGACGGCGAGGGCGCCGGCGGAGGCGCCGGGAGAGCCGGACGCGCACGGUGCGCUCCAACCUGCAGCCGCCGCCGCCCGCCGGCGGAGGAGCCCGCGGAGGGCGCGGCGCAGGGCGCACGGCGGCGGCGACGGUGGUGGUGGUGGUGGCCCGGGCGCGGGGGCGCGCAGCACCUGGCGGACAACCGGCUCAAGACCACCAAGUACACGCUGCUGUCCUUCGUGCCCAAGAACCUGUUCGAGCAGUUCCACCGCCUGGCCAACGUCUACUUCGUCCUCAUCGCGCUGCUCAACUUCGUGCCCGCCGUCAACGCCUUCCAGCCGGGCCUGGCGCUGGCGCCCGUGCUGUUCAUCCUGGCGGUCACGGCCUUCAAGGACCUGUGGGAGGACUACAGCCGCCACCGCUCCGACCAGGAGAUCAACCACCUGGGCUGCUUGGUCUUCAGCAGGGAGGAGAAGCAGUACGUGAACCGCUUCUGGCGGGAGAUCCGCGUCGGGGACUUCGUGCGGCUCCACUGCAACGAGAUCAUCCCCGCGGACGUCCUGCUGCUGUCCUCCAGCAACCCCGACGGCCUGUGCCACAUCGAGACGGCCAACCUGGACGGGGAGACCAACCUGAAGCGACGGCAGGUGGUCCGCGGCUUCUCCGAGCUCGUCUCCGAAUUCGACCCUUUGACCUUCACCAGCGUCAUCGAGUGCGAGAGACCCAACAAUGACCUGAGCCGGUUCCGAGGCUGCAUCACGCACGCCAACGGAAAGAAGGCCGGGCUGCACAAGGAGAACCUGCUGCUGCGAGGCUGCACCGUCCGGAACACAGAAGCCGUGGUGGGCAUCGUCAUCUACGCAGGACACGAAACGAAGGCGCUGCUGAACAACAGCGGCCCUCGCUACAAGCGCAGCAUGCUGGAGCGGCAGAUGAACUGUGACGUGCUCUGGUGUGUCCUCCUCCUCGUUUGUAUGUGUCUGUUUUCAGCGGUCGGGCACGGCGUCUGGGUGCGGCGGUACCAGGAGAAGAGGGCGCUGUUUGACGUGCCCGAGGCGGACGGCGGCUCCCUGUCCCCGGUCACCGCGGCGGUCUACUCGUUCCUGACGAUGAUCAUCGUCCUGCAGGUGCUGAUCCCCGUGUCGCUGUACGUGUCCAUCGAGAUCGUCAAGGUGUGCCAGGUGUACUUCAUCAACCAGGACGUGGACCUGUACGACGAGGAGACGGACUCGCAGCUGCAGUGCCGGGCGCUGAACAUCACCGAGGACCUGGGCCAGAUCCGGUACAUCUUCUCCGACAAGACCGGCACGCUGACCGAGAACAGGAUGGUGUUCCGGCGCUGCACCGUGUCGGGGAUGGAGUACUCGCACGACGCCAACGCCCAGCGGCUGGCCCGGUACCAGGAGGCCGACUCGGACUCGGAGGAGCCCGUGCCCAGAGGCGGGUCUCUGUCCCAGCGUGGCAGCAUCGGGAGCCACCAGAGCGUCCGCCUGGUGCACCGGACCCAGAGCACCAGGUCGCACCGGCGCACGGGCAGCCGGGCCGAGGCCAGGAAGGCCAGCAUGCUGUCCAAGCACACCGCCUUCAGCAGCCCCAUGGAGAAGGACAUCACGCCCGACCCCAAGCUGCUGGAGAAGGUGAGCGAGUGCGACCGGUGCCUGGCCGUCGCGAGGCACCAGCAGCACCCGCCGGCCCACCUCUCGCCCGAGCUGUCCGACGUCUUCGACUUCUUCAUCGCCCUCACCAUCUGCAACACCGUCGUGGUCACCGCCCCGGAUCAGCCCCGGCAGAAGGUGAAGGUGAGGUUUGAGCAGCUCAAGUCCCCCGUGAAGACCCUAGAAGGUCUCCUCCGCCGGUUCUCGCCCAGCCGCCUGACGGGGUGCGGCAGCGUGGGGAGCCUGGUCCCCGCCAAGUCCAGCUCCAAGUCGGGGUCCAGCUUCCUGCCGGUCCUGUCGGCGGACAGCGCGCUGCUGGGGCUGGAGGAGAAGCUGAGCCAACCGGCCCAGGCCCAGCCCGUGGCCAGCGAGAGCUCCGGAGAGGACGGCUGGGCGCCCCAGCCAUGCGCCCCCGACCCGUGCGCCCCGGACCCGUGCGCCCUGGAGCGCGCGCCCCCGCCGCCGCCGCCGCCGCCGCCUCCCGAGGAGCCCGAGCUGCGCUACGAGGCCGAGAGCCCCGACGAGGCGGCGCUGGUUUACGCCGCGCGCGCCUACAACUGCGCGCUGGUGCAGCGCCUGCAGGACCGGGUGGCCGUGCAGCUGCCGCACCUGGGCCGCCUCACCUUCCCGCUGCUGCACACGCUGGGCUUCGACUCCACGCGCAAGCGCAUGUCGGUGGUCGUCCGGCACCCGCUCACCCAGGAGAUCCAGGUCUACACCAAGGGCGCCGACUCGGUGGUUAUGGACCUCCUGCUGCCCUGCUCCCCAGAUGAUGCCAUGGGGAGGCAUCAAAAAAAAAUCCGCAGCAAGACCCAGAAUUACCUCAACCUGUACGCGGUGGAGGGCCUGCGGACCCUGUGCAUCGCCAAGAGGGUACUGAGUAAGGAGGAGUACGCCUGCUGGCUGCAGAGCCACCUCGAGGCGGAAUCCGCCGUGGACAACCGCGAAGAGCUCCUCUCUCAGUCGGCCAUCCGCCUGGAGACUAACCUGCACCUUUUGGGUGCCACUGGGGUCGAAGACCGCCUGCAGGACGGCGUUCCCGAAACCAUCGCCAAACUGCGCCAGGCGGGCCUGCAGAUCUGGGUUCUCACCGGCGACAAGCAGGAGACGGCCGUGAACAUCGCCUACGCCUGCAAGCUGCUGGACCAGGACGAGGAGGUCAUCACCCUCAACGCCGACUCCCAGGAGGCGUGCGCGGCCCUGCUGGACCAGUGCCUCGCCUACGUGCAGGCCCGGGCGCCCCGCGGCGGUGCCCAGGAGAAGACCCCGGCAGGCGGCGCCAGCGUGCGGUUCUACCCUCUCCUCCGCCCGCCCCCCGAGGCCGCCGCCCCCGGCCCCUGCCUGAGCCUGGUGAUCGACGGGAGGAGCCUGGCGUACGCCCUGGAGAAGAGCCUGGAGGACAAGUUCCUCUUCCUGGCCAAGCAGUGCCGCUCGGUCCUGUGCUGCCGCUCGACGCCCCUGCAGAAGAGCAUGGUGGUGAAGCUGGUGCGCAGCAAGCUCAAGGCCAUGACCCUGGCCAUCGGAGACGGAGCCAAUGAUGUCAGCAUGAUCCAGGUGGCCGACGUGGGCGUGGGCAUCUCCGGCCAGGAGGGCAUGCAGGCAGUGAUGGCCAGCGACUUCGCGGUGCCCCGGUUCCGCUACCUCGAGAGGCUGCUGAUCGUGCACGGACACUGGUGUUACUCCCGGCUGGCCAACAUGGUGCUCUACUUCUUCUACAAAAACACGAUGUUCGUGGGUCUCCUGUUCUGGUUCCAGUUCCUCUGCGGCUUCUCCGCCUCGGCCAUGAUCGACCAGUGGUACCUCAUCUUCUUCAACCUCCUCUUCUCCUCGCUCCCCCAGCUGGUGACGGGGGUGCUGGACAAGGACGUGCCGGCCGAGGCGCUGCUGGCCGAGCCCCAGCUGUACCGCAGCGGCCAGAACAUGGAGGAGUACCGGCCCCGCACCUUCUGGUGGAACAUGGCGGACGCCGCCUUCCAGAGCCUGGUCUGUUUCUUCAUUCCUUACCUGGCCUACUACGACUCCGACGCCGACGUGUUCACCUGGGGGACCCCCAUCACGGCCAUCGCACUGCUCACCUUCCUGCUGCACCUGGGCAUCGAAACCAAGACCUGGACCUGGCUCAACUGGACGGCUUGCGGCUUCAGCGCCCUGUUGUUCUUCACGGUGGCUUUCGUCUACAACAGCUCCUGCGCGACCUGCUACCCUCCGUCCAACCCUUACUGGACGAUGCAGACGCUGACGGGCGACCCCCUGUUCUACCUGACCUGUCUCAUCGCGCCCAUCACAGCCCUGCUGCCCAGAUUGUUCUUCAAAGCUCUGCAGGGGAGCCUGUUCCCCACACGGCUGCAGCGGGCCCGCCAGCUGGCCAAGAGGUCGUCCCCCCAGAAACCCUGCGCCCCCAGGGACCCUCCGGAACCCCUCCCGGGAGCCCCGAACCCCGACACCUCAGAACCGAGCCGCCCCGACGCCUCGGCGCCCGCCUCCCAGGACGACGCCUCGCCCGGGUCUUGGCCGCCCGGCGCCCCGGAGGCCAGCGAGGAGCCCAGCCCCAUGGACGUGGGCGUGGACGUGACCGUGCCGCUGCGGGAGGCCUCCGGCCACCGGGCCCCGGGCCGCCCCUCCGGGCCCCGGGCCGCGGUUCCGGAAAGGCGUUCCGGGGACUCCAGGGCGAAACCCCCCCGAUCCGGCCAGACAGCCUCGCUCUCGUCCGUCUUCAGCCUCCCCCACCUCGGCUCUCUCGGCUGGAUCUCCUCGCUGAGCCUGGUGGGCGGGCUGGGCAGCGUGUGGCAGCUGUCCCGGGACAGUCUCCACGGGGACAAGCGCGAGGCCGAGUUCCUGCCGGGCCCCCCGCCGCCGCCCGACGGGGACCUGUGUGGCUUAGGCCAGCGGGCCGCCGACUACUUCUAGGGCCGGACCUGGCCCUGGGCUGCAGGUGGCCGUGGGGGCCGGACGGGGGGGUGGGGAGGGGGGAGGGGACGGCGCCAGCCUCCCCCUGACCCUUGUUUUUUAUGUAUAACAUAGAUGUUCGUAUUAUUUAUGUUUAUUGUUUGCACAGAAGAGGUCUAGGAAGAUGUAUUUUAUAUGCGUCCCAGGCUCGCGCCGGGAACCAGAGGUACCCAGAGAACCGAGGAAAAGUUUAUUUUUUAAGAGCCCCAAGUAAAGAGCCCGUUGAGGGAGCCAGGAGUCCGAGCGUUAAGGUAGAUAAACGUUUUCACGAAGAGCGA